AUAAUUUACUCCAUCAUGGGCUUCGAGGAAGGAGUUACGGCAAACGUCAAGGGCUCGCCUGCAGGUGAGGAUGUCGCCGACCCAAAAACGGGUACGACGCAGGACAAGCAGGAUAUGUGGCGUGUUGGUCGCGAUCAAGAAUUAAACAGAAACUUCCGCUUCCUUUCCGUUCUGGGCUUUACGGCGGUACUAAUGUGCACAUGGGAAGCCGUUCUUUUUGGUUCAUCUUAUGGCUUGACCGAUGGCGGCAAGGGAGGUAUGAUCUACACCUACCUGGGUGCCUUAGCAGGGUUCAGCUUCGUGAUCCUUUCCAUGGCUGAAAUGGCAUCCAUGGCCCCUACCUCUGGUGGUCAGUAUCAUUGGGUAUCGGAGUUUGCACCCCCAGGCUCCCAGGCUGUACUGAGUUACAUGACUGGUUGGAUUUGUGUACUGGGAUGGCACACUGGUAUCGCAGGAUGCUGUUAUACUGUCGCUAACAUGAUGGUUGGUAUUGUGGCCAUCAACUAUCCUGAUUCGUAUACCUAUCAACCAUACCAUGUCACGCUGAUCGUCAUUGCCGUGGCUAUAGUGGCUAUCUUGUUCAAUACAUUCCUGGCCCAGAAGCUGCCUAUGAUUGAGGGUAUCAUCCUGAUCGUACAUGUGUUUGGCUUCUUUGGUAUCUUGAUUCCUCUCUGGGUGCUUUCUCCCACUGUCCCUCCCUCCGAGGUGUUUGGUUCCAUCGAGGAUCGAGGUGGAUGGGGAAACAAUGGACUUUCCUGCCUGGUCGGACUGAUUGGUCCCAUUUAUGCUUUGAUUGGCCCCGACUCCGCAGUUCAUAUGUCCGAGGAAAUCAGAGACGCAUCUCGUGUUCUCCCCUUGGGCAUGGUCUGGACGCUGGUCCUCAACGGGUCCACUGGCUUCGUCAUGAUUGUUACACUUGCAUUCUGCGUCGGCGACAUCGAUGAAGUCCUCGCUUCCACCACAGGCUUCCCAUUCAUCCAGGUCUUCCUCAAUUCUACAGGAUCAGUCCCCGCAGCAACCGGCAUGACAAUCGUGAUCAUGAUCAUGCAGUUUUGUGCUGCAAUCAGUAACGUCGCAACAACCUCCCGCCAGAUCUACUCUUUCGCUCGGGACAAGGGACUCCCCUUCUCCGACUUCUUCGCUACUGUCAACCCAACUUUCACCGUGCCUCUCAACGCCCUGUGCGUGAGUCUAGUCAUCGUAUCACUCCUCUCCCUCAUCAACAUCGGAUCCUCGGUGGCUUUCAACGCUAUCAUGUCUCUCGGCACCGCCGCUCUCCUCUCAUCCUACAUCAUCUCCAUCUCCUGUGUUCGCCUUCGACGCUGGCGUGGCCAGCCUCUGCCUCCAGCACGCUGGAGCAUGGGGAAAUUCACACCCAUUUGCGACACGAUCUCCAUCAUAGUCUUGUUGAUAAUCUGGGUCUUCUGUUUCUUCCCUCUGACAAAUUCGGCAGCCCCGACUGAUAUGAAUUGGGCUGUGGCCAUCUAUGGCGCUGUUAUUCUUGGUUCGAUGGGCUACUAUAUUUUCCGCGGCCACAAGUCCUACAAGGGUCCCGUUACCCGGGUAAAGGUGAUUUAA